UGCAACCAUGGUAGAAUUCACGCCUCAGUCGAAGCGCGGACGUUGUUCCGUGCUCUUCCUUUUUCGUUUAUUUUUCAUUCGAAUUUAUUUCCACUUUUACAGGAAAUCGGUUCACAGUGAAUCCUGGUGAAUUCUUUUUCUUCGAACGCCCAAUUUAACGAGUCUACGAUUGUCCGAGGUAACACACAAAAAUGAAUAACGAAGCGGCCAAAGCACGACCAAGCAUCAUUUUGCUGACAUUGUCAACUAUUACGCACAUCCUCUUAUUAGCACCAGUAAUAUAUAUACUGGUUCUGUCCUUUCAACCUCUCAUGUUUCUCUCCUGGCACGUUAUUUUGUCAACCUUGGGAGUCGGACUUUUGACAAUGGAGGGAGUGUUCUGCGUUUCUGGCGACGCUUUCAUGAAUUGGAAGGUGUCCAAGAUGAACAGAGGAAUGAUUCACUUGAUCCUUACUCUAGUAGGAUUAGUGCUGGUGUUGAUCGGUCUGAUCAUCAUCAUAAUCGCCAAGGUAGAAUACAAGAAGCCUCACUUCGUCACGCCACACGGGAUUGUCAGCUUGAUCAGCAUCAUCUUAGCGGUUGUGAUAGCCGCGUCCGGCUUCGCCGUUAUCUUUGACAAAUGUCUGUAUCAUGGUUGCAUGAGACCAGCAAUUCUGAAAAUCUUGCAUUCGUUCGGCGGCAUUUUGGCCACGAUACUCUUGCUAGCUGGCCUGAUCACCGGGAUUUACACAUUUUGGUGGCCUGGUACUUGCCUUGGAAGAAUCCUCACGGUCGUGUCAUUCGUCAUUGCCGCUUGCUAUAUCUUUUUUAAGCCGAGUUUGGGUAUCAUUUCUAGGAUCAAAGUGCUUAUUGCAGGAACACCUGAAGGCACGAAUGAAAUUGAACAAUGAAUAUAAUUGAUUGUGAUUUUGGAAAUGAUUGUUUCAUUGUUUGAUUCAUUGUUGAUGAUCAAAUUGGAUUGGAUAUUAAAAUUUUCUAUUGUAGCUAAUUAUACAAGGGAUUGUCUUAUUUAAAAUAAGAUAAUUUAAUUCUAUCCUUUUGUUGUGAUAGUUCUGAAAGAUAUAAUAUAUAUAUAUCUUUUUUUUUUGUUUUUGUUUUUCAUGCAGUUUGAAUUGUAUAAAAUGAUGAAUAUAUUAGUAAAAAAAAAAAAAUAUAUAUUUUGUACCAUGUUCUUUUCGUCAGAUUUUAAAAUCAUCAUUAUAAUGAUAUUAUAUUUCUGCGCUUUGAUAUAAUAUUAAUAUAUUAUGCUAUGGUAAUAUUAUAGUAUAGUAUAAUAUACAGCAUAGAUAAUACUGUAGUAAUGCACUAUAAUAAUAACAUCGUGUGCUAUAUUACACAGAAUAAUAUAAGGCUAAUAAUACAAUAUAUUCUACAAUAUUACACUGUUUAAUAGAGUAAAUGUAACAACGUGCAUCGUACUAUAAUUCAAUAAAUUGUUAUAGUAUUUUGUAUUGUAUUAUUAUAUAUAAUUAUUCAAUAUAGUACUCUAACAUUAGUAUUAUCUAAUGCAGUAUAGUAGAUAGUUAUGCUAUACUAUAAAAUCUCUGUAUAUAUGAUAUAGCAUAAUAUUUUUAAUAUUUAAAACAGAAGGAAACGUUUUCAAACUUUUAUAUGAAAUUAAAGGGCUUAAAGAAGAAGAAACAGAGAAAUUCUCAAUAUUUAAAUAAUAAUGUUGUUGAAAAUUUAUAAAGUAAAGUAUAAUGUGUUGCAAAAAUAUUAUUUUAUCAGAAAAUUUUUUAUUUUGAAAAAUCUGACUUUAACAGAAAAUUUUUGUGUACAUAGAACAUAGAUUAUUUAAUAAUUUAUUUUUCUUGAAUUCGAAAUUAAUCUUUAAAUUUUUAUUAUUUCUUUCUUAUAUAUAAUUUCAAUGUUGGAAAUAUUUUUUCUAUAACAACAAAGUUGUAGAGCAUUGAAUAUUUUACGUGAAAUAAUAAUUUAAUUUAUUUUAUAUUUUACGAAAUUAUUUUUAAGAAACGAAAAUAGUAUUGAAACUAUACAUUUCUUCGAAGUAAUAUUCCAUUUAAUAAAAAAAAAUUGCUACAUGUAUGUGUAAACUAUUAUAGUGUACAUAUUUUAGUUUACAAAAUUUUAUAUUAAACAGAAUUAUUAUUUGUUUUGACGAACACUUUUCAUGACAAUUUAUUAAUUGAAUUCACAUAACGCGUAUGAAUACGUUUACGAUUGGCUAUAUAAAUUUUCACUUAUCUAUUGACAAAAAGGAUUUUAUUUUUUCAGAUUAAUUCAGAUUAAUGUACAACAAUCAAUAUCAAAAUUUAAAGUAUAUAUUCAAAAACAUAAUUGUAUUCAGAAUUUGUUUAGAAUCCGUUCAUUUGGACGAAAUUACGAUACUUUUCGAUCAGGAUUGCGAUAAUGACAGAAAUCGAUAUGAAAUGUCAUUUUUAUCAGACUAUUUCACGUCAUUUUGCAUUUCUUCAUCGUGCCACGUAAUUAAAUAAGAUCUGAUCUGAGUUAAUCGAAACAUUAGUGGUCGAACACGUGAUCAAAAUUCUUUUUAAGAGAAUAUUGAAAAUAUUUUCACAAAGUUCGUACUUUUUAGAGGAAGAAAACUUUUUAGAACUCAGACGCACAUUCCGUCCUUCAAUGAUUUUUCAAACGAUCAUUGACAAAUGUUGUAAUUCCUUAUUAGAUAAUCAUUGUAAUAUUUAAGAUAUUUAAAUAAUUCGAUUAUUUCAUAUUAAAGUAAAAUUCAAUUCAAAUUUUGAUCUAUGAAAUUUGAUGCAAAGAAUUGUAAAAUUUCAUCAAAGUAUAAAAGAGUACAAGUUUAAACUAUAUUCAUGACAAUUUGAAUAAGCGAUAUUUACUCCUCUUUAGACAAAUUGAAUCUAUCUACGUCCAAGUUUAAUUUCAUUAUUGUUCCAGAAUCUUUCCUAAGAAUAGCGUUUAUCAAAUCUUUUUUAAAAAUAUUUUAAUAAAAAAAGAAAUUCAAAACUUCACUUAAAUCAUGGCGCUCGAGUCACCAAUCCAAUUUACCUACAGCGAAUCAAUCAAGAAGUAAGAUAUUUGAAAUUAAAUAUCGCAAUGCAAUAAAUUCCCGAUGAAAACAAUAUUUAUUUCACCGUUGCUGUGUUCAUCGAAUCGUAUCAU